GCGGGGCUCGGAGGGAGCUGCGAGACGGGGGAGCCCUGACGUGAUCCUAGAAUAUUCCUCCAGGAGGUGACACUGGGAAGGUUACUGCAGUAGGUGAAUGUUGCAUGGCUAGUUGUGAGUGCGGGCCGGAUUGGUUAUCCCUGUCGGUGGGGCUUUGAAUGGCAUUUCUGAGAAGUAGGGCACGGCGAUUAAUAACUACCUGUUGACUACCUGAAUGAAAGAAUUAAUACCCCCAAGAACCACAUAUUCCUAUAUGAUUGGCGCGACGCGCCCCUAUGAAGAACAGCAACAAUUACUUCUUAAGGCCCCUGUUCCACGUACGCCAGUCGAUGCCGCAGUGUUUUCUGGGAAAGGUAGUUCUAAAGCCCGUCGUCUGGCCCCGGUCAAACUGAGCCCAAACUAAACUUCCCAGAAAGCAGCACACUCGCCUGGGAAGAGGGGCAAGAUGGCGGACGCUGAAGACGGUACUUUGCGACCCGCGGGAGCCUCUGCUGCCCCAAUUUCAUUCAGCUUCAGUCGCACGUCCGCCAGGAGACGGCUGGCGGAUCCGGGAGACGACGCGAGUGCGGCUCCGGAGGAGAAGGAUUUCUUAAAGACCGUGGAAGGGAGGGAGCUGCAGAGUGUGAAGCCCUCAGAAACCCCCAAGGAACUCGUCAUCCCUUUGAUCCAGAAUGGCCAUCGCAGGCAGCCACCGACCCAGGCUCCUGGGCCAUCCACAAACACUGAGGAAGGGGUGCUGUCUCAGGCUGUAAAGGAGAUCAUUGAGGACUCCAAGAAGUCCCUGGAGGAGAGAGAAAAUUCGGGUAUCGACCCCAUGCUUGCUAUCCCCAUGAUCCAGAAAGGAUGCAUCCCUAACGGAGAAGGGGCAGACAGCGAACCCCGAGCUGAGACCGUGCCGGAAGAAGCUGAUUACGAGGCAGUCCCUGUAGAGGCCUAUGGGCUGGCCAUGUUACGAGGCAUGGGCUGGAAGCCUGGCGAGGGCAUUGGCCGCACCUUCAAUCAAGUGGUAAAGCCCCGUGUCAACUCACUGAGACCAAAGGGGUUAGGGCUGGGUGCCAACCUGACUGAGGUCCAGGCCCUGGCCCCCACUGGCCCCCACCGCCUGCCAAAGCCAGAUGAGGAGCAAGAGAAGGAUAAGGAAGACCAGCCUCAAGGACUGGUGCCUGGGGGAGCUGUGGUGGUUCUUUCUGGCCCGCACCGAGGCCUCUAUGGGAAGGUAGAAGGCCUCGAUCCUGACAACGUUCGGGCCAUGGUUCGCCUGGCCGUGGGGAGCCGCAUGGUGACUGUUAGUGAGUACUACCUGCAACCUGUCUCACAGCAGGAGUUUGACAAGAAUUCCUUGGAUCUCAGCCAGAUGCGUAAAACUUCCUCAGUGCAACAGAAUGGAACAGCUUCGUCAUGGAAGGCCCUCCGGGAUCAGGACCUCCCCAGCCAGCAAGAGGACUCACAGAGGAAGCGAAAACACCUUCCCGACCGACAGGGGGAGCCUGCUGCCAAGAAUGAGAAGGCAGGUCCCAGGAGCCAGCACUGGUUGCACAGGGACCUACGCGUACGCUUUGUGGACAAGCUGCACAAGGGUGGCCAGUAUUAUAACACCAAGAUGACGAUCGAAGAUGUCCUCAGCCCAGAUACCUGUGUGUGUCGAACAGAUCAAGGCCAGGUCCUAGAAGGCCUGAGGGAAGACAUGCUGGAGACCCUGGUCCCCAAGGUCCAAGGCAACCGGGUUAUGGUGGUGCUGGGGCCACAGGCUGGAAAGGUGGGCCGCCUGCUGGACUGGGACAGAGAACAGAGCCGGGCUGUGGUGCAGCUGCAGAGAGAGAAUCAGCUGGUGGAACUUCACUAUGAUGCUGUCUGCCAGUACCUGGGCCCCAGUGACUCAGAUGAAGACUGACCCAUGGCCCCGUUCCCACCCCCAACGCCGCCACCUGCUCUGUAUGGUGUGGAAAGACAGUCUUCACAAAGGUGGGGAGGUCAUUGUUCCAUCCUCCACUUGCACCUCAGCCCCAGGACAGGGACAGGGCAUAAGAUAGAUGGGCCUGAAGGGAGGCUUGAAACAAACCUGGUAUUCUCCAGAAGCUAGUGUGUAAUAAGAAUCAUUUCAAAAACUCAGUAAAAUGA